AUGCCAACGAGCAUGGGCUCUGUAUCACAACAUGUUCCCUCCCCAAACAUAUGUGGCUGGGUAGAAGGAAACGCCAAGUACCCUUUGACAUGCCUGCCGGGCCAGCGCUGCGCCAAAGACGUCACGAACCACCUUGUCGGAUGCUGCUGGACCACAACAAGUGGAGUUUGUACCCUUCCGACAACAUGUCUAGACAAAGAGUCAGGAUUCGGUGACGGCUGGAGCAACGAGAGCGCGUCAGCUAUGAUUUGUGCUGGUUCUGCAUCUCCGUAUUGCAAGACGAACGUGUUCGGGGGAGACUCAAAUAUAGAGGGUUAUUCUUUAUACGUGUGUGAUUCUGAUACACGACCCGAGACCGUUUAUCGAUUUACCACGACGUCGUCAGCAAGAGAGGAUCUGCCGACACUAAGUCCCAUCUCCUCCUUCAGUACCAGCUCGACAGCGUUAGAAAAGACCACGGGAGGGCAAACUUCGACCCUUGGUACCAAUACAGCCAUCGCAUCCUCGGCGACAUCCCCGGCGACUGAUUCCCUUCCAAACAUGGUGACGCCGCCGCCGCCGCCGCCGCCGCCGCCCUCAAGCCUCAUACAGUCAAGCACCAGCCUUGCCGCAACGACGAAAUCGGAAUCCCCAUCCUUUCCAGCAUCACCCACUUCCAUCGCGGGCGUGGUUUUGGGUGCAGUCGCGGCCAUGGCUAUGAUGUCGGCAUGCUUCUACGCCGUUCACCAUUGCAUCAAAGGUCGAAAACGACGGAAUCAUAGAGUGCGUGAAUCGCGUGUCAGAACUUCUCAUGAUCCGAGGACUGGUAACGCGCGCCAUAAUCAACAAGCCAUAGAACUCGUAAACAGGUCGAGACGGUAA